AUGGGGACGUGCGAGGCCAAGGUGGCUGGUAUUCACGCGGACGUGUGGGAUGCCUCUCAACGUAUCAUGGAGUGUGAGAACGAUGAGCUGGGGCUCGCGUUCCUCCCCGAAGAAAUUGACGCCGCCCUAAUGGUGACGCUGGCCAAUGCGCUCAUCUCAACACCACAUGAGAUUCAUUUUAAGCGAGAACUUAACGGGCAAGAGAAAUCUAGCCUCGCGGCUCUAUGGCGGUUGAUUGACCCAAUAGGCCUAUCGGACCAGCCUGACACGGCCAGCCUCCCGCACCAUCCUAUCUCCUCGACUCCAUCUCCACCUCCAGCCCGCCGCCACCUCUGCCCCGCCCCACCUCACCGUGCGCCGCCGGCCGCAGCCGCGCACCGCCCGCCCCUGCCGCCGCCACCUACUGCCCCGCCCCACCUCACCGCGCCCCGCCCGUCCCAGCCGCCGCCACCUCCUGCCCCGCCCCGCCCCGUGCCCCCUACCGCCGCCACCUCCAACCCCGCCCCGCCGCGCGCCACCCCUCUUCUCCAUCUUUUCCCUCGCCAUCUCCCUCCUCCCUCCCUGUUCCGCCCCCACCCCUACUUCCCGCAGGCUCAACCAUGGUGGUCAACACGGAGACGUGAGCGUGCACGGGUGGCGUCUGUGGACGAGGCAAACCAUCGUUUAGCAACAAACAUGCAGAGGCGGCUUAUUGGACGUGCAACUGACAUUCACAUUAGGCCCCUGAAUGAAGAGAAAGCUACUCAAGCUGCUACAGAUCUUCUUGGUGAACUGUUCAUUUUCUCGGUUGCUUGUGGUGCAAUAAUCUUUGUGGUUCAUAGAAGUGGCAACUCAGAAGCCAGAAAAGAAGAGGCCCGUAAUAAGGCACUGGAGGAAAUAAAGGAGAAGAUGGAGGAGCUCGAGAGGGAAAAGCAAAUGAUGAAGCUGAGAGUGGCCGAGGUGGAGCGGGUAACCGGGGCAGGGGGAGGGUGGCCGUGGGUUCUUCCAAGGGCCUUCACUUCCGGCGUUGCCCAGGCAGAGCCAGAGCCAGAGCCAGCAGCUCAGCAGCCCACGGCUGCUUAGCUGCCGAUGCCAGAUGCAAAUCGCCUCUGUAGGCAGUUCCUUGAAUGAUUCCAUUGCGUUGGAAACCCAACGCUGAGAUUUGUGUAGCGCGAGUUGUGAAUAGUCCCGGAGAGAUUUGGUCCGAAUUGGAGCUGUCGAUGGAGGAUGAUAUAUUCCUUUAUUUCUUCUUUUUUUGACAUCAGAGGAUAUUAUGUUCCUGGUAGUAACGAGGUACCUGGAUUUGUAGUUCGUGUUCAGAUUUCAUAGUUAUACUAAUAUUUUUGAGCAAUCAA